AUGGGAGCCUCCACGAGCCUUGCGCGGGUGGGCUGCCAACGCCGGGCCCGGACAGAGUACCGCCGUAAUUGGCUGUGUCACCUGGGCGACGAGCUCUUCCUGCAUAUCUGCGAUGCUCUCGAGGCACCCAGCCUUGGCGCGCUGGGCAGCACGAGCUCGACGAUGGCGAGGCACUUGAGCAGCGAGGCCGCCUGGCGUCAGGCCUGCUACGCCUACGGCGGCCCUCUGCAGGCGGCCAAUGCCAAGACCUUGCUGCAAGGCAUGCGGCUUCUGUGGCUUGGAUGGGAGCUGAAGGAGGCGCCUUUAGCGCCGCCGGCACGGGACAGCCAUGCGGCCUUUGCUGCCUCUUUCGGGAUCCUGGUUUUCGGAGGGAAACAGCUGGGCCAGCGGCGCUUCCUGAACGAUCUCUGGGUCCUGGACGUCGCCACGGGCCGCUGGGCGGAGGCUGCGAGCGCGAGCGGCGAGGGCCCCGCGCCCAGGGCCUUCAACGCCGAUGGUGGGGCCGGUCCGGGCGGUGUUCUCCGAGACGGUCUCGGCCGCGAGUGGCUGGUGAUCUUCGGCGGACUUCGAGGCGAGGGUUUCCGGGACAACGAAACCUGGGCGCUGGGUCCCUUGGUGGGUGGCCUGGAGGCAGCUGCCGGCUGGCAGUGGCGGGAGCUGCAAGGAGGUUCCGGAGCUCAAAGCCGAGAGAGGCCCACGCCGCGGUUCCAUCACACGCAGACAGUGCUGAGGCCGUCGACCUUGGCAGUGGUGGGUGGCCACAACUUCAUGGUCAGGCCAAUUUUGGGCUCUGCCCUUCUCAGUUUCGAUGUCGGCGAAGGCGAAGGACUGGAGGAUGUGCGGUGGCGGCACCUCGAUGAGGCCGAAGGGGCCCCGGAAGCACGGGCUUACCACGCAGCAGCAGAGUUUCGGCAGCAGCUGGUGCUCUUUGGCGGUGAGGUGCGCAGCCCCUUCAAUGGCUACGAGGUGCAGCGAGACACUUGGCUCCUGGACCUGUCUGGGUCCUGGAGGCGUCUCAAUGCCGAGUUCCCAGUAGGCCGCAGCCGAGCAUCGGCGGCCGUUGUCUCGGAUCGUUUCCUUUGCAUCAGCGGUGGCUACGAGCUGGCGCCAGGCCGCGCCGCACCGAUGGUCCAGCUGCAAAUUUGCGCGGACCUGUGGAUGCUGGAUUUGCUGAAUCCUGACGGCGGCUGGAGCAAGGCUUGUGACACUCGGCGUUCCGGGCGCCUGGACGCCAUGGCAACAGUCCUGCAUGACGGCAAGACGCUGCUGAUCUUUGGUGGCCACGAUGGCUCACAGUUGAAUGAGUUUGGAGAUCCGACCGGAGGCUAUGCGCCAGCAUCGGACACCCUUGGCGUCCGCUUCCGUGCGGAUGGCACUGUAGUCACGGCCAGAUAUGCAGGCGAGACCGCUGGGAACCAGUCCAGCUUCUCUGCUCUGGUGGCGUCACACAGCCCCGAGCGCGUGGUCGCGCUUGGGGGGGCGGGCGCGGACGACAACGGCGAUCGACGGACAUGGAAGCUCUCCACUUUGCAGCUAUGCUGGCAGGCGGAGGAAGUGGAGCACUUGGAUGCUUUGCAAACCACGGAGCGAGUGGACGCAGCGUGGUAG